CUUUUGAAAACUAGUAUUGGAUCUAGAUCUAUAUAUUGUCAUUUGACACAUUGUUUGGUGAAGGUAUAGUGGGCGUGUAUAGUCACUUUCAGGAUCAGGUAUUUAAAUUCACAGUCAUCGGGUGGUAGUCGGCUAGAUCUAACCGGUUAAAGUGCUGCGAAAGAAAGAGGUCAGAAAUUGUCAUUUUCGAUAGUCUGACAAAAUGGUGUGCACUACAAAGAUGGUGCUGCCACUGGUAGUGUUGAUAGGGAUUUUCUUACAACCAUCAUAUGCCCAAGUUCCAGCAGUCUCUCUUACACAGACAUCUUACUCUGUAAAUGCUGGAGGACAAAUAACAUUAGGUUGUUCAGUAACGUUAUCAUCUGCACUUAACCAAGUAUUUUGGCAGCGAAAUGUCAAUGGAUUUGUCUCCACCAUUACUUCCAAUACAAAUACAAACAAAUACAGUGGUUCUUCUACAUCUGUACCAUCACUUACCAUAUUGAAUACAGACAAUAGUGACCAGGGCACGUACCAAUGUUUCGCAAGUAAUGCCUUUGGAACUGGACAAAGUUCUACUAUUGCAGCCUUGACUGUAAGCACUCCAGGCACCCCAACUGUGGCAAUCCAACAGACAUCCUACUCUGUAAACAAUGGAGGAUCAAUUACAUUAUCUUGUACUGUAUCAUCCGCUACAAGUGUUACCUGGCAGAGAACAGUUGGAACUUCUGUCACUACAAUUACAUCCACUACUAACACCAACAAAUACAGCGGCAGUACUCCAUCUACUCCAUCACUCACCAUAUUCAAUGCAGAUUCAAGUGAUGCUGGAACAUAUAGAUGUUUGGCUUCAAAUAAUGUGGGGACUGCACAAAGCUCUUCAGCAACAACUCUAACUGUUAUUACAAAUACUGUCCCAUCAGUGACCAUCACACAGACAUUCUACUCAGUCAAUUCAGGAAGUACUGUGACCUUGGCAUGUACUGUAUCGUCUACUACCACUGUGACAGGUGUUUCCUGGCAGAGAACAGUAAAUGGUGUUAUUUCUACAAUCACAUCCAACACCAACACCAACAAAUACAGCGGCAGUACUUCAUCUGUUCCUUCCCUCACCAUAUUCAAUACAGAUUCAAGUGAUGCUGGAACAUAUAGAUGUUUUGCUUCAAACAGUGCUGGAACAGGACAGAGUGGUCAGACAGCAAGUCUGACUGUUACCCCAAAUACUGUCCCAUCAGUGACCAUCACACAGACAUUCUACUCAGUCAAUUCAGGAAGUACUGUGACCUUGGCAUGUACUGUUUCGUCCACUACCACUGUAACAGGUGUAACCUGGCAGAGAACAGUAAAUGGUUUUAUCACUUCAAUUACAUCCACUACCAACACCAACAAAUACAGCGGCAGUACUUCAUCUGUUCCUUCCCUCACCAUAUUCAAUACAGAUUCAAGUGAUGCUGGAACAUAUAGAUGUUUGGCUUCAAACAGUGCUGGAACAGGACAGAGUGAUCAGACAGCAAGUCUGACUGUUACCACAAAUACUGUCCCAUCAGUGACCAUCACACAGACAUUCUACUCAGUCAAUUCAGGAAGUACUGUGACCUUGGCAUGUACUGUUUCGUCCACUACCACUGUAACAGGUGUAACCUGGCAGAGAACAGUAAAUGGUUUUAUCACUUCAAUUACAUCCACUACCAACACCAACAAAUACAGUGGCAGUACUUCAUCUGUUCCUUCUCUCACCAUAUUCAAUACAGAUUCAAGUGAUGCUGGAACAUAUAGAUGUUUGGCUUCAAACAGUGCUGGAACAGGACAGAGUGGUCAGACAGCAAGUCUGACUGUUACCACAAAUAAUUCACCAACUGUAACCAUACUCAAUGAUGCCAUUAAUGUGGUGCAAGGAAACUCUGUAACACUUGAUUGCACUGUAUCCUCCAAUCUGGCACUAACUUCUGUUUACUGGCAAAGAAACACAAAUGGUGCUAUAACUACUAUAAACCCUACUGUAAACAAUCCUAACAAUAAAUAUUCUGGUAGUACCACAUCAAACCCUGCAUUAUCCAUAUCUAAUGCUGACAUUGUUGAUGCCGGUGACUAUACUUGUUUUGCUGUCAGCAGUGCUGGAACUGGACAGAGUAAUAUAGUCACAAGACUUACAGUUCUAGCUCAGAGUGUACCAACUGUUGCUGUACAACAACCAUCCUAUUCAGUCACCACUGGUGGUUCUGUGACCUUGUCAUGUACUGUCACAUCUAACCUUGCUGUCACUGAUGUUUUCUGGCAAAGCAAUAUUGGUGGUAGCACAUCAACAAUUAGAUCCACAACCAACACCAACAAAUAUAGUGGCAGUACUACUGGCACUCCAUCUCUGACUAUCUUUAAUGUUGCCCAAAGUGAUGUAGGAACUUACACAUGUUUUGCCACCAACAGUGUAGGAACUGGACAGAGUACAAAUACUCAACUGUCUGUUACAGGAACUGUACCCACUGUUCAGAUACAACAACCAUCCUAUUCUGCUUUAACUGGCAACAUUGUAACCCUGGUGUGCUCUGUGACAUCUAACUUUGCUGUAACUAAUGUUUACUGGCAGCGAAAUGUUGGUGGUACCAUAGCAACCAUUUCAGCUUCAACAAACACUAACAAAUAUGGUGGCAGUUCUUCUGCAACCCCAUCUCUAACCAUCUUUAAUGCUGCCCAAAGUGAUGUAGGAACUUACACAUGUUUUGCCACCAACAGUGUAGGAACUGGACAGAGUACAACUACUCAACUGUCUGUUACUGGAACUGUGCCAACAGUUCAAGUUCAACAAUCAUCAUAUUCUGUCAACACUGGUAGCUCUAUUACCUUAGGGUGUACUGUUACAUCUAACCUUGCUGUCACUGAUGUUUACUGGCAAAGAAAUAUUGGUGGUAGCAUAUUAACAAUUAGAUCCACAACCAACACCAACAAAUAUAGUGGCAUUACUACUGGCACACCAUCUCUGACUAUCUUUAAUGCAGACCAAAAUGAUGUAGCAACUUACACAUGUUUUGCCAGCAACAGUGUAGGAACUGGACAAAGUACCAAUACUCAACUGUCUGUUACAGGAACUGUGCCAACAGUUCAAGUUCAACAAUCAUCAUAUUCUGUCAACACUGGUAGCUCUAUUACCUUAGGGUGUACUGUUACAUCUAACCUUGCUGUCACUGAUGUUUACUGGCAAAGAAAUAUUGGUGGUAGCAUAUUAACAAUUAGAUCCACAACCAACACCAACAAAUAUAGUGGCAUUACUACUGGCACACCAUCUCUGACUAUCUUUAAUGCAGACCAAAAUGAUGUAGCAACUUACACAUGUUUUGCCAGCAACAGUGUAGGAACUGGACAAAGUACCAAUACUCAACUGUCUGUUACAGGAACUGUGCCAACAGUUCAAGUUCAACAACCAUCCUAUUCAGUCACCACUGGUGGUUCUGUGACCUUGGUAUGUACUGUGUCAUCUAACCUUGCUGUCACUGAUGUUUACUGGCAAAGAAAUGUUGGUAGUAGCAUAUUAACAAUUAGAUCCACAACCAACACCAACAAAUAUAGUGGCAUUACUACUGGCACACCAUCUCUGACUAUCUUAAAUGCGGACCAAAAUGAUGUAGCAACUUACACAUGUUUUGCCAGCAACAGUGUAGGAACUGGACAGAGUACAACCACUCAACUGUCUGUUACAGGAACUGUACCAACAGUUCAAGUUCAACAACCCUCAUAUUCAGUCACCACUGGUAGCUCUGUGACCUUGGUGUGUACUGUGACAUCUACACUCACUGUCAACAACGUUUACUGGCAAAGAAGUAUAAAUGGUGGUGGCACAACACAAAUUUCAACAAAUACGAACAAAUAUAGUGGCAGUAUUCCUAGCACACCAUCUCUGACUAUCUUUAAUGCAGACCAAAAUGAUGUAGCAACUUACACAUGUUUUGCUACCAACAGUGUGGGAACUGGACAGAGCUCAACUACUACACUGUCUGUUACUGGAUCUGUACCAACUGUUCAAGUUCAGCAACCAUCCUAUUCUGUUACUACUGGUAAUACUGUAACCUUGGUAUGUACUGUGUCAUCUAACCUUGCUGUCACUGAUGUUUACUGGCAAAGAAAUGUUGGUAGUAGCACAUCAAUUAUUAGAUCCACAACCAACACCAACAAAUAUAGUGGCAUUACUACUGGCACACCAUCUCUGACUAUCUUUAAUGCUGCCCAAAGUGAUGUAGGAACUUACACAUGUUUUGCCACAAACAGUGUAGGAACAGGACAGAGUACAACUACUCAACUGUCUGUUACAGGAACUGUACCAACUGUUCAAGUUCAACAACCAUCCUAUUCUGUUACUACUGGUAAUACUGUAACCUUGGGAUGUACUGUUACAUCUAACCUAGCUGUCACUGAUGUUUACUGGCAAAGAAAUAUUGGUAGUAGCACAUCAACAAUUAGAUCCACAACCAACACCAACAAAUAUAGUGGCAUUACAACUGGCACUCCAUCUCUGACUAUCUUUAAUGCAGACCAAAGUGAUGUAGGAACUUACACAUGUUUUGCCAGCAACAGUGUAGGAACUGGACAGAGUACAAAUACUCAACUGUCUGUUACUGGAACUGUUCCAACAGUUCAGGUUCAACAACCCUCAUAUUCAGUCACCACUGGUAGCUCUGUGACCUUGGUGUGUACUGUGACAUCUACACUCACUGUCAACAACGUUUACUGGCAAAGAAAUAAUGGUGGAGGCACAACACAAAUUUCAACAAACACGAACAAAUAUAGUGGCAGUAUUCCUGGCACACCAUCUCUGACUAUCUUUAAUGCAGACCAAAGUGAUGUAGGAACUUACACAUGUUUUGCCACCAACAGUGUGGGAACUGGACAGAGUACAACUACUACACUGUCUGUUACAGGAACUGUUCCAACAGUUCAAGUUCAACAACCCUCAUAUUCAGUCACCACUGGUAGCUCUGUGACCUUGGUGUGUACUGUGACAUCUACACUCACUGUCAACAACGUUUACUGGCAAAGAAAUAAUGGUGGAGGCACAACACAAAUUUCAACAAACACGAACAAAUAUAGUGGCAGUAUUCCUGGCACACCAUCUCUCACUAUCUUUAAUGCAGACCAAAGUGAUGUAGGAACUUACACAUGUUUUGCCACCAACAGUGUGGGAACUGGACAGAGUACAACUACUACACUGUCUGUUACAGGAACUCCACCUACUGUAAUUGUACCACAGCCAUCAUAUUCCAUUACAAUUGGGGAUUCUAUCACUUUUGUUUGCAAUGUAACCUCCAAUCUCCCUGUCACAUCAGUACAAUGGGAAAGAAAUAUUGGUGGUUCAGUAACCACUAUAACAAGCACAACCAACACAAAUAAAUACAGUGGUAGUACUCCUACUACUCCAUCUCUGACAAUAUUUAAUGGAGCACAAAGUGACUCUGGAGAUUAUACAUGUUAUGCUACCAACAGUGUGGGAACAGGACAAAGUACAGUGACCACACUAUCUGUAACAGGAACACCACCUACUGUUACAGUCCUGCAACCAGCAUAUUCUAUUACUGUUGGUGACUCUGUCACUCUGGAAUGUACUGUUACCUCUGUCCUCCCUGUAACAUCAGUUCAAUGGCAGAGAAAUGUUGGUGGUAUUAUUACUACUAUCACAUCAACAAGUAACACCAACAAAUAUAGUGGUAACACUGUUACCACACCUUCUCUCACUAUUUCUGUAACGGCCCUCAGUGACACAGGAGAUUAUACAUGUUUCGCCACCAACAGUGUAGGAUCAGGACAAAGUACAGUCACCACCCUUACUGUUACAGGAACACCACCUACUGUUACAGUCCUGCAACCAUCAUAUUCUAUUACUGUUGGUGACUCUGUCACUCUGGAAUGUACUGUUACCUCUGUCCUCCCUGUAACAUCAGUUCAAUGGCAGAGAAAUGUUGGUGGUAUUAUUACUACCAUCACAUCAACAAGUAACACCAACAAAUAUAGUGGUAACACUGUUACCACACCAUCUCUCACUAUUUCUGUAACGGCCCUCAGUGACACAGGAGAUUAUACAUGUUUUGCCACCAACAGUGUAGGAACAGGACAAAGUACAGUCACCACCCUUACUGUAACAGGAACACCUCCUACAGUUACAGUCCUACAACCAUCAUAUUCUAUUACUGUUGGAAACUCUGUCACUCUGGAAUGUACUGUUUCAUCUGUCCUUCCUGUAACAUCAGUUCAAUGGCAGAGAAAUGUUGGUGGUAUUAUAACUACCAUCACAUCAACAAGUAACCCAAACAAAUAUAGUGGUAACACAGUUACCACACCAUCUCUCACUAUUUCUGUUACGGCCCUCAGUGACACAGGAGAUUAUACAUGUUUUGCCACCAACAGUGUAGGAACAGGACAAAGUACAGUGACGACCCUUACUGUAACAGGAACACCACCUACAGUUACAGUUCUACAACCAUCAUAUUCUAUUACUGUUGGAAACUCUGUCACUCUGGAAUGUACUGUUUCAUCUGUCCUCCCUGUAACAUCAGUUCAAUGGCAGAGAAAUGUUGGUGGUAUUAUAACUACCAUCACAUCAACAAGUAACACCAACAAAUAUAGUGGUAACACUGUUACCAUACCAUCUCUCACUAUUUCUGUUACGGCCCUCAGUGACACAGGAGAUUAUACAUGUUUUGCCACUAACAGUGUAGGAUCAGGACAAAGUACAGUGACAACCCUUACUGUAACAGGAACACCACCUACAGUUACAGUCCUACAACCAUCAUAUUCUAUUACUGUUGGAAACUCUGUCACUCUGGAAUGUACUGUUUCAUCUGUUCUUCCUGUAACAUCAGUUCAAUGGCAGAGAAAUGUUGGUGGUAUUAUAACUACCAUCACAUCAACAAGUAACACCAACAAAUAUAGUGGUAACACUGUUACCAUACCAUCUCUCACUAUUUCUGUUACGGCCCUCAGUGACACAGGAGAUUAUACAUGUUUUGCCACUAACAGUGUAGGAUCAGGACAAAGUACAGUGACAACCCUUACUGUAACAGGAACACCACCUACAGUUACAGUCCUACAACCAUCAUAUUCUAUUACUGUUGGAAACUCUGUCACUCUGGAAUGUACUGUUUCAUCUGUUCUUCCUGUAACAUCAGUUCAAUGGCAGAGAAAUGUUGGUGGUAUUAUAACUACCAUCACAUCAACAAGUAACACCAACAAAUAUAGUGGUAACACUGUUACCAUACCAUCUCUCACUAUUUCUGUUACGGCCCUCAGUGACACAGGAGAUUAUACAUGUUUUGCCACUAACAGUGUAGGAUCAGGACAAAGUACAGUGACAACCCUUACUGUAACAGGAACACCACCUACAGUUACAGUCCUACAACCAUCAUAUUCUAUUACUGUUGGAAACUCUGUCACUCUGGAAUGUACUGUUUCAUCUGUCCUCCCUGUAACAUCAGUUCAAUGGCAGAGAAAUGUUGGUGGUAUUAUAACUACCAUCACAUCAACAAGUAACACCAACAAAUAUAGUGGAAACACUGUUACCACACCAUCUCUUACUAUUUCUGUUACGGCCCUCAGUGACACAGGAGAUUAUACAUGUUUUGCCACUAACAGUGUAGGAUCAGGACAAAGUACAGUGACAACCCUUACUGUAACAGGAACUCCACCAACUGUAACUGUGCAACAACCAACAUACUCUGUUACCACUGGUAACUCAAUUACCUUGGGGUGUACUGUGACCUCCAACCUUGCUGUCAUUACUGUUUACUGGCAGAGGAAUAUUAAUAAUGUACAAACAACUAUCACAACAACCAACAACAAAUACAGUGGUAGUUCUGUUUCCCAACCAUCUCUUACCAUCUUUAAUGCUGCCCAAAGUGAUGCUGGGGUUUACACAUGUUUUGCCACCAACAGUGUAGGAACUGGACAGAGUACAACUACCUCACUGGCUGUUACUGGAAGUAUUCCUGUAGUGACUGUAUCACAGCCAAACUACAAUGUUGUCAUAGGUAACACUGUUACACUGGAAUGUACUGUUUCGGCAAAUCCGUUCCAAACCAGUGUUUCCUGGCAGAAAAUUCAGAAUGGUGUUACAAAUAAUGUCAAUACAGGACUUGUCGUUAAGUAUUCUGGUUCCACAGUUAACAAUCCAUCCUUGACCAUAACUAAUACAGAUACAACAGAUUCUGCAAACUAUGUUUGUACUGCUACCAACAGUGUUGGAACAGGAACCAGUUCUCAAACUUCACUAUCUGUUACUGGAAGUAUACCUGUUGUACAAAUACCACAACCAUCAUACACUGUUAAUCUUGCUCAAACUAUAACAAUUACAUGUACUGUAACUUCUAACCCUACACAUACCAGUGUCCAGUGGCAGAGAACACAGAAUGGUGUCACUACAAACAUUGGUGUUGGAUCUGGUAAAUACAGUGGUGGAUCUGUAAAUUCACCAUCACUUAGUAUCAACAAUGCUGACCUGAAUGAUAUCGGACAAUAUGUUUGUUCUGCUACCAACAUUGUAGGAACUGGAACCAGCACAGCUACUACUUUAAAUGUUGUUGGAGAUCCACCAUCAGUUGUUGUACAACAACCAUCAUACAGUGUGUUAGUGGGUAACACCAUUACAUUAGUGUGUACUGUAACAUCUACCCCUGCCGCUACUUCAGUUGUUUGGCAACGAACCACAAAUGGUGUUACAACAACAAUCAGUUUAGCAAAUGCUAAUAAGUAUAGUGGAUCUUCUGUAAAUGUCCCAUCUCUGACCAUCUUUAGUUCUGCCGAGAGUGAUGAAGGAAGUUAUGUUUGUCGGGCAACAAACCAGUUUGGAACUGGACAGAGCACAGCAACUACACUUACCGUUACUGGCAGUAUCCCAGUAGUACAAAUUUUACAAUCUACAUACCAAGUAAAUUUUGGCAGUUCUAGAGUUUUGGAGUGUACAGUUAGUUCAAACCCCGCCCACUCAACUGUACAGUGGCAGAAAUUAGUCAACAAUCAAUUUCAGCCAAUCAACUUUGCCAAUAAUAAAUAUGAGGGAUCUUCUGUUUCCAUUCCAUCUUUAACAGUUAAUUCAGCUGACUUAAAUGAUGAAGGAUUUUACAUUUGCACAGCUACUAAUAGCUUAGGAAUUGGACAGAGUUCCCAGACCUUCUUAGAUGUCAUUGGAAAUAUUUUGACUGUUACAAUUCAGCAGUCACAAUAUUCUGUUACAAUUGGUCAGACAGUAACCCUGGGAUGCACUGUGACUGGUUCCCCUGCUGCUACCAAUGUCUAUUGGCAGAAAACAGUAAAUAAUGUUGUUACAACAAUUAGUAGUAACACCAACACAAAUAAGUAUAGUGGCUCCAUCGUAAGCACACCAUCACUGACCAUUUUUAAUGCUGACCAGAGUGAUGAAGCAACAUACGUCUGCUUUGCUACCAAUGGUGUUGGACUUGGUCAGAGUACACAAACUUUCUUGGACGUUACUGGAAAUGCACCAUCUGUACAAGUUCAGCAGCCUCAGUACAAUUCAAACUUUGGUUCAACUGUCACUUUGGUAUGUACUGUAACAGCCAACCCUGCUCAUACUACUGUACAAUGGCAGCGUGUCAUCAAUAGCCAGAGAAGUAACAUCAAUGUAGGUCUUGCCAAAUACACAGGAUCUACAGUCGGUACGCCAUCACUGACCAUCAACAAUGUGGAACUUAGUGAUGAAGGCAACUACGUCUGUACAGCCACUAAUAGUAUUGGUACAGGAGAGAGCACACAAACAUUCUUGGAUGUUGUUGGCAACACCUUAACUGUACAGAUUCCACAAUCAACCUACUCUGUUCUUCUUGGUCAAUCCCGAACACUGGAAUGUUUGGUAUCGGGAUCACCAUCGGCAACAUCUGUCUAUUGGCAGAAGAUUCAGGGUAGCACAACAACCACUAUAAAUAGUAACACCAAUACAAACAAAUACUCUGGAGGAACUGUUGGUACACCAUCUCUAACUGUAUUGAAUGCUGUACAGAAUGAUGAGGCUAAUUACAUCUGUUAUGCCGUAAAUGCCGUUGGAACUGGCAAUAGUCAACAGACUUUCUUGGAUGUUACAGGAAAUGUACCAUCAGUUGUUAUUGGACAAGCCCAGUAUACAGUCUUGAUUAGUAACACUGUGACACUAGGUUGUACAGUGACAGCCAACCCAAGUCACACUACAGUUUACUGGAAGAGAGUUAUCAAUGGAGCCCUUACAGAUAUUACUGUUACAAAUAAUAACAAAUACAGUGGAUCUACAGUCAGCUCUCCAUCAUUAACAAUCUUCAAUGCAGAUAAUUCUGAUGAAGGAAAUUACAUCUGUUAUGCUGAUAAUUCUGUUGGAACUGGACAGAGCUCUCAAACUUUCCUUGAUGUUUUUGGAAAUGUACCAGUUGUAACUGUAUCCAGCUCAUCCUACAGUAUCAAUCUAAAUAACCCUGUCACUCUUGGUUGUACUGUCACAGCCAACCCAGUUGAGACAUCUGUGUUCUGGCAGAAGAUUAAAAAUGGUGUGACCACAACAAUUAAUUUCAAUACAAACACCAACAAAUAUGGAGGAUCUAGUGUACAGAAUCCAUCAUUACAAAUCUUUAGUGUAGUGGAUGAUGAUGAAGCCACAUAUGUCUGUUUUGCUGUCAACAGUGUUGGAACUGGACAGAGUUCACAGACCACCCUUACUGUUAUUGGAAGUAUCCCUUCAGUUGUCAUUCCACAAAACCAGUAUCAAGUCAAUAUUGGUAACACUAUAACAUUGCAGUGUCAGGUAACAGCUACCCCACAACACACUGUAGUAGAAUGGAGGAGAACAAUUAAUGGAGUCACAAAUACCAUUUCUGUUACAAACACCAACAAAUACAGUGGUUCUACAGUUGCCACUCCAUCCCUGACGAUAUCAACUUCAGCAAGUAGUGAUGAAGGAUUCUACACAUGUUAUGCUACAAACAGUAUAGGGACAGGCAACAGUCAACAGACAUAUUUAGAUGUUGUCGGCACUCGACCAACGGUAACAGUACUUUCCAACCAGUACACAGUUAUCUUAGGUAAUACUGUCACAUUGGAAUGUCAAGUUGUUGCCACACCUCAACACACCUCAGUACAAUGGACAAGAUUGGUCAAUGGUCAGACAACAAAUAUUAACAUGGGAACAGGAAACAAUAAGUACAGUGGAUCCACAGUGAACGGUCCAUCUUUGACAAUCUCAGCAGCAGCCAAUUCUGACGAAGGCUACUACAUAUGUACUGCCACCAAUAUUGCUGGAACGGGAUCCAGUCAACAGACAUACCUUGACGUAACAGGAAAUUUACCAAAUGUGGUUGUUACUCUGCAACAAUAUAAUGUUGAUAUUGGAUCCACUGUCACACUUGGAUGCACAGUAACCGCCAGUCCUACUCACACCGUGGUGUAUUGGCAGAGAAUUGGUAAUAAUAAUGUAGGAACCACUGUCGACAUGAACAAUAAUAAGUACAGUGGUUCUACAGUCAACAGUCCAUCACUGACAAUCAAUAAUGCUGCUUUAAGUGACGAAGGAAGCUACAGAUGUUAUGCCACUAACAGUAUUGGUCUUGGACAGAGUCAAAAUACUUUCUUAGAUGUUGUUGGCAAUACCCCAGUAGUAACUGUUCUGAGCAACCAGUACUCUGUGAAUAUUGGGGCCAGUAGAACACUUGAAUGUACUGUAACAGCAUCACCCACUCAUGAUAAUGUAUAUUGGCAGAGAAACAUCAAUGGGGUAUCUACCACAAUUACUGUCAAUAACAAUAAAUACAGCGGUUCCACAGUUAGCAAUCCUUCACUGACCAUUAAUAAUGCUGAUAAUAAUGAUGAAGGAUUUUACAUUUGUUUCGCUACCAACAGUGUAGGACUUGGACAGAGUGCCAACACAUUCCUGGAUGUUCUUGGAAGUACACCUUCUGUCGUCGUACCUCAGCCUACAUACUCAGUUAAUUUCGGAGGAACUGUAACUCUUACCUGUACAAUAUCAGCCAAUCCUGCACAUACCAGUGUAUAUUGGCAGAAGGUCGUUAAUGGUGUUUCUCAACCAGUCACUAUUGGUAACAGAUAUACUGGAUCAACAGUUUCAAGUCCUUCUCUAACUAUCUCCAGUGCUGUCCAGAAUGAUGAAGGAUUCUAUGUUUGCUAUGCUGUAAACAGUGUUGGUACAGGAAACAGUCAACAGACCUUUUUGGAUGUUCAAGGAAAUAUACCUGUUGUUCAAGUGCAGCAAAACACAUACAAUGUUCAAGUUGGAAAUGUUGUGACCUUGCAAUGUACAGUGACUGCAAAUCCUACACACACUUCAGUACAAUGGCAGAGAUUGGUUAAUGGUCAAACAACAACCAUCAACCUUGGCAGUGUUGGCAAAUACUCCGGAUCUUCUGUCAACACACCAUCUCUUACUAUAAACAAUGCUGCUAACUCGGAUGAAGGCUAUUAUAUCUGUCAGGCAACUAACUCUGUUGGUACAGGUCAAAGUUCACAGACCUACCUUGAUGUAACUGGCAGUGUAUUAACAGUUGUUGUUGCUCAACUACAGUACAGUGUUAACUAUGGAAACGCCAUUACCCUUGUAUGUUCUGUCAGUGGUUCACCAUCGGCUACAUCUGUGUACUGGCAGAAACUGAAAAAUGGACAAACAACUACCAUUAAUUCUAACACAAAUACAAACAAAUACUCAGGAUCAAGUACACAAAAUCCAUCACUGACGAUUAAUAAUGCUGAUGAUACCGAUUCUGCUACGUAUACCUGCUUUGCUGUUAAUUCUAUUGGUCUUGCAAACAGCCAGCAGACAUCCCUCUCAGUUGUUGGAAAUCUGCCAAUAGCCACAAUUGGUUCAAAUCAAUACGCUAUCAUUGUUGGAGGAUCUGUAACACUAGGAUGUAGUGUUAGUGGCAACCCUGCUGUCACAUCUGUACAAUGGACAAGGGAAGUUAAUGGACAGAAUCAGAAUAUAGUCAUAAGUGGUAAUAACAGAUAUAGUGGUGGUUCCGUCAACUCACCAUCCCUGGUCAUCUCAAACGUUGCCAAUAGUGAUGAAGGAUAUUAUAGGUGCUCAGCUACAAACAUUGUUGGAACAGGUGUAUCUCAGCAAACAUUCUUAGACAUAACUGGAAGCAUACCAAUUGUCACUGUUCAACAAAGCCAGUAUAGUGUUACUGUUGGAAACAGUGUGACCUUGACUUGCACAGUGACCUCUAACCCUGCACAUACCAGUGUCAAAUGGGUAAAAACAUUGAACAAUGCCAACAAUGACGUAGAAGUGACCGGCAGGUUCAGUGGCGCUACAGUCAAUGGACCAUCUCUGACCAUUAGUAAUUCUGUCAAUUCUGAUGGUGGAUAUUAUACAUGUUAUGCUACAAAUAGUAUCGGAACAGGACAGUCUCAGAGUACCUUCCUCAAUGUUAUAGGAAAUGCUCCACAGGUUAAUAUUCUCGCUCCCACAUACAGUGUUAAUGUUGGAAGUUCCGUUACACUCCAAUGUUCUGUAUCAGCCAACCCUAUACACACAUCAGUCUACUGGAAGAAGAUAGUUAAUGGUGUUGCUCAAGAUAUAAACGUGGGCACAUCUAACAAUAAAUAUGGUGGAUCAACAGUAAGCUCACCAUCACUGACCAUUAGCAAUGCCGUUGUUGCAGAUGAAGGAUUCUAUGUGUGCUUUGCUGAGAAUUCUGUAGGAACUGGCCAGAGCUCUCAGACUUUCUUAGAUGUCAUUGGAAAUGCACCUAUUGUCAAUGUUCUUCAAAUAUCCUAUUCUAUCAACAUUGGAAGUGCCAUUACAUUGGGAUGUACAGUCACAUCCAAUCCUGCUCAUACAAGGGUAUUCUGGCAGAGGAUUGUAAACGGAGCUGCACAAGAGAUUACUGUGACCAACACCAAUAAAUAUAGUGGAUCAACACUGAACACACCAUCUCUCACUAUAACUGGUACCACAGCAGCUGAUGCUGGCAGUUACAGAUGUUUGGCUGAAAACAGUGUUGGUACAGGACAGAGUCAGAUAACUGUUCUCAAUGUAGCAGGAAAUGUUCCAACUGUUGUACUUACUCAGACAUCAUACACUGUUGGUUAUGGCGACACUCUGGUAAUUGGAUGUACCGUUACAUCAUCUCCUGCUCAUACCAGUGUAUACUGGCAGAGAAUAAGUGGUAAUGGUGUUACACAGACCAUCACUGUACAAAACAACAACAAAUACUCUGGUUCUACCGUACAGACACCAUCCCUCACUAUCUUAACCGCUGAUGGUAAUGAUGUCGGAGAAUACAUUUGUUUUGCAACCAAUUCUGUUGGAACAGGUCAAAGUUCAAGAGGAGCUGUAGCUGUUACAGGAGCUGCUCCAACAGUUAGAGUUCUACAGAGCUCCUACAGUGUACAAAGAGGUAAUCCCAUCACUCUAGAAUGUGAAGUCACUUCCUCUCCAACUCAUACAAGUGUUUACUGGACCAGAAUAGUCAACAGCAACACUGUUACUCUCACCAUGACAGGAGCUAAAUAUGGAGGUUCAACUAUUCCUUCACCAUCAUUGAUCAUAUUUAAUGUGGAAGACAGUGAUGAGGGAGCUUAUAUUUGUCAUGCUACAAAUGGAAUUGGAGCCGGUCAAAGUUCACAGACUUUCCUCAAUGUUGAAGGAUAUGUACCAUCUGUACUUGCCAGCAUUAAACCAACAGUUAAUGUUGGAGAAUCUGUUGUUAUUAACUGUAUUGUCACAGCUGAUCCUAAAGAAACUACCAUCACAUGGCAAAAGGUGGUCAAUAAUGUUCCUACAACCCUGUCUAUCACUAGUAACAAUAGAUACUCAGGUGGAACUGUCUCAACUCCAGCACUGACCAUCUCUAACGUAGAAGACAACGAUGAGGGACAAUAUAUAUGUCAGGCUACUAACACUGUAGGAACAGGAUCCAGUAACAGAGUCUACUUAGAUGUUGUAGGAGAGCCUCCAAGACUUACCUAUGUAACACCAAGCAGAAUCACAGUGACAGAAGGUGACUUAAUCCUUGCCACAUGUGUCAGCACAGCUAAUCCAACACCUACAUAUACCUGGUAUAAAGAUAACAGUGUACAAGCUUUCGCCACUGGUGAUAAAUUGAGAAUUGAAAUCUCUGCUAGAACUGACAUGGGAACUUACACCUGCCGUGCACGUAACAACUAUGGUUUAGAUGAAGCAGCUCUUACUGUUGAUGUUCAGUAUAAGCCUGAUGUAACUAUUUCAACCUCAACUUCUACAUUUAAUGGUGUUGGUGGUGGUUCUGUCAACAUUCCAUGUACACAUCUUGCCAACCCUGCAGUAACAGCAGUUAGUUGGAGGAAGGUGUCUGGUGGUGUUACAGAGACAAUUUCUGUCGGUGGAAACAAAUAUGCUGGAGGUGGAUUAUUCCAGUCUGGUCUUACCAUCUACAAUCUACAGGCUAGUGAUGUCGGUACAUACCAAUGUUUGGCUACAAAUCUGGUUGGUACAGGAGAGAGUGAAAUCGUCACUUUGAACGUUAAUACUCAAGCUGCACCUUUCGAUGUUAGAAUUAAUCCAGUAUAUGUGGAUGUAAUUGCUGGAGCUAGUUUCGAUGCCACCUGUACAUCUAAGGGAGAUCCUGCUCCUACUUUUGCUUGGUACUACUCUGACAGAAUGAUUCAAACUGGACCACAACUGACUGUUACAAGCACUGUCAGUACUGAUGGUGGACUGUAUACCUGUGUAGCCACUAACUCACAGGGAAUGGCACAAGCUAGUAUGGAUGCUAAUGUUAGAUUUGCACCAAUCAGCACUGUCACAACAACAGAGUUCAAGAGGACUCUUGGUGAUCCUGUUACUUUACAUUGUUCCACUAGAUCUAAUCCUGCUGCCACAGAGUGGUCUUGGACAAAGGAUGGAACCACACUACUCAAUCACUACUCAGAUACAUUCUUAGUAGAUAUGGACAGUCUACAGGAUGUUGGUACCUACACUUGUAUGGCUAAGAAUACCGUUGGACAGUCAUCUCUUAUAGAAUUCUAUGUUAAGGAAGGAGUAAGAUCAACCGUAGUUACUGUAGAAUCAUCUGAAAAACUGACAGCAGCAGAAAUAGCAGCUGUUGUAGUUGGUAUCUUACUUGCCAUUGCCAUCACUGCAGUUAUCAUCAUCUGUUGCUUCACAAGAGGAUUAUGUGCCAGGAAAGCUUCUCCAAGGAUGAUUGAGGAAGUACCAGUCCAGAGGCCAAUGACUACUGUCAAGGAUCCAAUUUACUUUAAAGACAUCAACUUACAAAUGGUUCCUCAGUACAAAACUAUUGAAUAUGUGCAACAAGAACCACAAUAUUUACAAUAUGACAAUCCAAGAAUGGCACAGACCCAGUACCUUCCUGCUGUAGAAUAUAUGCCUGAUUACGAUGAGGAACGAAGGAGGAGAAGGAAGAAGAAUAGGAAAGCAGAGCAGGUUGUCCUCGAGGAAAGAGUUGUCUCCGGUGGUGAUGUAUACCAAACAACCAAUGGAGGCAGCAGCGUUUACCGUACCGUAGAUCGUUCAGGAGAUGUGUAUAUAGAUACCACACAGUAAUCUCAUUAGACAGUUUCAGAUAGGAGCUGUUUAAAAGCAGUUUGCAAGACUCAUUGAAUGAAAGAACAUUUUCAAAAUGUGGUAUCUAGUAGUGGAUGAAUUCACGACCGAAUGCGCAUUGAGAAGACCGUUUCAAUUGCUGUUUAGAAUGAUUCCAUCAUAAGUUGGCCUUGUUAAAAAAAAAAAUUUAAUUUAAAAUUUAUUUUAUUUUUUACAAAUUUGAUCAAUUAAAAAUAUGAUCUAUUUUUUCUCCACAAUUCAUUUGAAAAAGAAAUUAUUUGUUAAUAUGUUUACCCGUUCAGAAAUUAUUUGGAUUAUAUUUUUACCCUUUUUGUACAAAUUUGAUAUUUUUUAGAUAUAUUAUUUUGUUUGUUUCGUUUUUGAGAAAUUUAUUUGGGUAUAGAUCAUUCAUUGGACCAAAUUAAGGUCAGAAAGAUGGAUAAAUUUUAAUGUUAUGUACAUAUAUAUAUAUAUUUAGUAUUGUAUAGUAUUGUAUAGUAAUCAUAGUUAUAUGAUCUAUUAUAGUAAAAGAUAAUAGAUCUUGAAUAUGUAACACAUAAUCAAUAAAUGAUAUAUUAUCAAACAUUUUUUAUAUACAUUUACACAAUUUAUAUAUUUUUUUAUUUUUGUAUUGACCAGUACUUAUUGCAUUGCAUUUUAACAUAUCCAAGUUUCUUUUUAUAUUCAAUAUUUACAAACAUUUGAGUUAGAUUCAAAUAUUUUUUUUGGUUCAUCCCUUUAUUUACAAAUUCUGUUGGAUUAAAUGUGGUCAUUGUAUUCAUCUUUUAUGUUAUAUUUCAAAAAAUCAAAAAGUCAUACUUCACUUAUAUAUACAUAUGGAAUUUCAAGAUUAAAUAUAAAAAAAUAAUAUGAAACUUGCUUGUUGUUGAAGGCUGUCUUUUUAUGUUGUUGAAAAUGUUAUAUUCUUCACAGAAUACUGACUAAACAAUCAAAUCUGUUACGGACUGAUCUCUUUUUAUGAAAAAGUCUUUGUUAUAACAUUCUAUUGAUAUUCAUUUGUUGUUAUUAAUACAUUACAGGUAUUUUUUAAUAAAUUUAUACUCAUUUUGUA